AUGACGGUGAGGGUGCGUUCAGCCAUGAAUUCGUCAGAUGUAUCAAACUGCACGCCGUGCGAUGACGAAAAGAGCAUAGACAGUUCUAGAGAUCCAGGGCAGAUCUUCAGGGUCCUUUUCCCUCUAUCGGUGAUGAUCGUUGGCGUGCCGGGUAACUGCCUUAUACUGGGCGUAUACUGGAGCAAGCCACGUAAAACAACAACCAAUCUACUGAUCAUGGCUCUUGCCUGGGCUGACCUCUUCACCUGCUUGCUACUAAUUUACUUCAUCGGCCCGAGCUUGACCAUCCUCCUCGGGAAACAACCCUCGGAAGCGUUCCUCUAUUUAAGAUAUGGCCUCUAUUCAGCAGUUUCAUCUUCGGUGUUGAUCACCACUCUCAUUGCGUUUGACCGAUACGAUUGCGUGUGCCGACUUUACAGGAGACUGCUAAAUCCAAGGAAGAUACUCGCGGCACUUGUGCUCGUAGUUCUUUCUGCUUUGAUAUUUAACUUGCCUUACAUUGCGAUAGCAGCUGACAAUGCCAACAAAGUGCCGUACGCUUUCAUUGUUCUAUCUGCUUCAACUUUCUGGUACAUCGUAACUGUAACGAUGAUAGCAGUGUGCUACUGCAAAGUUUACAAGACAAUCAGAAAACAUGUUAAAGUAGACAUUUUGCAGACGCCAGAUGGAUUUGCUCCGAACCCACCAGCAGUGCCCUUGUUCCCUACGGGGAAGCAGAUUCAACAUUCCUCUCAACAGGGCGACAUAGCAGUAGAAACGAUCACAAAUGUUUCAGUAUCAACAACACCUCUUUGUGACACACUACCAGAGCCAUCCAGAGCCGCCAGCAAGGCCUUGCAGCGCAAGACCACCAGGAUGCUUCUGCUAGCCAGCCUAGUGCUUCUGAUAUCGUGGUUGCCGUAUUCGAUUUACCUCGUGCUGGUUUUCACCAAGUACUUUGGGAACGCCAUACCCGAUGAGGCUGUUGCUGGUUUUUACCACACCUCCCUAGUGUUGUACAUUAAUCACGCAAUCAAUCCACUUAUCUAUGGCCUAGCGAACAUGCGAUUCCGACAAGACUGUAAGCAUCUCUUAUCUAAUCUUCCCUGUCGAUAGAAAGGCUGAGUACAAAGGCAACGGUAAAUUCUGUCACCCUGAAGCUAAUUGCAAACCAAAGUAAUGUAAAGUUCCCUAAAGAGGACGAAGCAGGAUUAAAUUCCACACGGGUCUUCUAUGAUAGCAUGGGGGGCAAAAAGGAACUAAAAAGGAAACAUCCCGAAUUUUAAAAAGUUAAAUUCCUCCAGGAAAAUUGUCUUGAAUGGAAGCAUGGUUUAUAAACAUGUGAAGCAUGCAUACAUUAACGUCAUUUUUCUGAAAUUCAAACUAGAAACAAAAGUGUGAUUUCAAUGUUACUUUUUAUGUACUAUUGUGUUUGUGGCUUUAAACUAGCUAUUUUAACUUGCGACCGUCGUAAUUGCUAAGCCCAAGCAGACACGUACACAAUAAUGAUCUUUGAUCGAAGCAACUAGUAACGAAGUGCUUCAACAUAUUUGGGAGUUCCAAAACAGAGAGCAGCAGUAAAGGGUAUAGCCAAACUCAGUGACGAUUCACUAGACACUUCCAAUGCCCCCUUCAAUGGCGAAAAGCAUUGUGCGGAUUUUAUAUGGAGCGACUCUCACGGAACAGAGUAUCCGUGCAAUAGUAAUUCCAAUGCUCGAAGCCAUCGGUGGGGGCCACUGCGAAUGACCAAUGAUAGCAUUACCAUGUACACCGGAUUCGCUUACAUGACGAUAUCCCCACUUUUAUCUCACCCCUAAAGGUGACGCCACUCCCCCUCCCCUUUAAAUCUGAAUGGGGCUGGUUCCUCCAUCGUCAAGAUACGUUGCUGGAAUAGUUUGUAGGGGUAAACAGCAGUGGUAAACAGUGACUGGCCCUUUUGCGAAAAUGUUAUUCGGGGAAAAACACUGUCUAAAGCAAUGCACCAUACUGAUUAAUGGCACACCAGUGAAGGUAACAAUGGUUUAUGACGGAUGUAUUGAAAGAUCUGAGUUUUUUCCUGAUAGAGAUAUAGAACGGACAAGGAUAAGAAGUAGUUGAAACUCUCGAUAUUUGUUUCAAUGAAAUUGCACAAAAUUAGGUUUUUAAUUUCUAAUGAGGCCAUAAUUUUGGAGGAGCUGAAUAUUGUUCUAUGGACAGAAUAGUCUUUAUUUGUUGAAAACAUGCAGAUCGUGCCAUUCUGUGUAGUGACGUUGGAUAACUGUAUGUUCAGGAAACUAUCGCCAAAUCAUGUUAAAGAUAUUCGCUGUGUGGAUACUGACGAAGUGCCGAUUAUGUUUUGCUUGCACAUGUAUAAGUUUCAUC